AGUGACAUUUCACCAAGUCUAGAUCCAUUCCCUUCUAUUUAGUCAUUGGAAGGAUAGAAAAUUAGCUAUCAAAGGCGUGAAUUAUGGGGUAUUCCCCUUCAAUGCACUACUAAAAAUUCCACCCUUAUCAUCUCUCUCAUUUCAAGAGCUGCCCAUUUCUCCAUAUCUCAUUUCAAGAAAGAUGUUGGUGAAGAAAAUGGAGUCUGUUAGGAAGCUAGCCAAGAAGGUGAUUAGAAGCCGGCAAAAACCACAAUACAAGUGCCUCCUGCACUAUGAUGAGGUGGAUGAUUCGGCGUCUUCGCCUGAGACACCGACUGGGUUCUUCGCGGUCUAUGUUGGGGAAGAACGGCGGAGAUUCGUCGUGCCCAUGGCAUUCCUAUCACACCCACUCUUCAAGAUGUUACUAGAGAAGUCCUACAACGAGUAUGGUUUUGAACAAAGGAAUGGAUUAGUGGUCCCAUGCACCGUGCCAACUUUUCUAGAGGUGAUCAAUGCUAUGGAGUGUUGUCAUGGGCAGUUUGAUCUUGAUACCUUGGUCGGCGAGUUGGUUGCGUAAGCGCUGUUUGGGCGCCAUGCUAGAUCAUGAAUUGGGUGAUUUGCAAAUUGUUUCGAUCUCGAAUUGGACAGGCUAACCUCCAAUUCGCAGUUAUGAUUGCUACGAUUUACAAAUUACGCUGGAAUCUAUGUGUGCAUUUGGCUUGGGCUGGUGCCAAAACAUAAUUUUCUAUUUUUGAGAUUUCUAAUCUUUAUAAAAUUUUCAAAUGACAUAAAAAAGAUGUCCGUACUGCUACUAAGCAGCUUGUUCUCUUUAGAUAGGCCAUGAAAGAGCCUCAUUUUGCAAUUUAUAGAAAUUUUAUUAAGAGUAUAGUUUUCCAAAAAUUUUAAUUAAUGUUCUUUGCUUUUGAAAUGCC